AUGGACGCCAGCAACUCCAAUCUUACAGACUACAGAUACAGUUAUGAUUUCGUGGUCUCCACAACUCAGGCCAGUAUUAACUCUGGCUUGCUGGAAUAUCUCUGGGAAAGUAAUCAGCCAGUGAACUAUGUUUGCUAUCUCUCGGACCCGAAUAACGGGAACUCCACAACCCAGAUCAGUCUCGAAGAACUGCUGAAGAGGACAGAUGGAGUCAACCCAUUUGACGUCCUAGAUGGUACAUCACCGAGUGAUCCUCGAGUUGAGGCGCUCACUCGUAGCAACUUCAUCGUGGGCGUGAAAAUUCGUAUUGGUGUGCCCCCAGGGGUGAUGCCCAAGGAGCUUCUUCCAGUCCUGGAGCUCGGCAAGAGUGACGGCAAGUCUCUCUUCCGAAUGUUUUGCUCGGAGUUCCAGGUAAUUCAGAACAUUCCCAACGAUGGAUUGGUGGCAAACGGACGUUGGAACGUCUGGAACCAGCCCUAUGGAUCGCCGUGGUAUAUCGAGACGGGCGUCAACAUCCUCAAUAAGGGCCUUGACUGGGGCCUCGAGACACCCUACUUUAAUCACCGCCCAGAGCUCAAGGGAAACCUCAAGUCUCAACUCAACUAUCUUCCUCCCAGCAAGUCUUACAGCCUUCAACAAACUCUUAUGGAUCUGGAAACUGCUGCCGAUCAAAGCACACCCAAUUUCGUGGGGAUUCCAACCGGUUCUCCCGUCGUAGAAAUCCUGCAGAAGAACUUCGUGGACCUGUUCAGCAAAGUAGCCAAGAGCUACGGAAAACCGGUUCUUGCUGUCGCCGCCGUUGCUGAAGACCAUCCAGAUCCUUCCACACUUCAGGUGACUUCGGUUGAAGUCGGCAUCAGUCGCUACAAGGACUCCAAUGCUUGUGUCGUCAACAAUCCGACCCCCGAACAGGCUGCCGCGGCGACACUCAACCAUCUCUGCAUGACAAACUGUCAUGGAGCUCCAGGAGUCUCGGAUCCUUACUGGAACUGGGUCAAGCCCUGGGACGUGAAGAGCGAAAGUGGCGUCAUUGCCAUCAAGCGAAGUGUAUUCGCCGAGCAGUUGAUGAAUAUCAUCCUGCCAUCCGCUCAGAAGUCUUGCCUUACCUCUGACGUUAACAUCCAUUACACCGACAACUUGGGCACUUGGACGCCAGAUUUAAAGUUUACUCCUGGUCAAUGGCCACACAUCAGAGAUAUACGAGCCCCUGAUCAAGGGGAAUGGAUCAUUGACAUCACUUGGUCUGCCGAGAACGACCCGGGUGUGCAAACAGAGAACUCGGAGAUGUGGGGCGUAUUCUACGACAGCCUCGCAGUCGUCCCUCAUUACUCCUGUGAGGUAACGGUCAAGGAGGCUACCAUCAUCAUCACUCAACGACUGUGGGUUGUCAUAUCAUUGUCGUGCGAGGGCGUCGCCAAAUCACCGCUGAAUGGAUACGAUGUCACCUUCACCGACACCUACGAUUUGUCCGUGGACCAGACUGGCCAGCUGAACAUCAUACGUGAUGAGAACAAAUUCCAGCAAAAGGACGACUCAAAGGAACCUGAUGCCGAUUAUUGGGGGAAUUUAUAUGCAGGCGUCAAUGACAACUUCAAACAGAUCAAGGACAAGGUUACAGAUCUGGCGAGGCUGGACCUGGGGAGUAUCAACUUUGCCACUCCGCACAACUUCGUGUUCCCUGGUGGCAAGGUGUUCACGUACACAUCAGCCAGGUUUUCCAACCACCAAGACUUGAUCUGCGACAUCACCUACGCGGCGCCAACCAAGCCCUUCCAGCCGCCGCUUCGGGCAGAUGCCCCGAUUUCCGACCCUUCGCGGGACCAUUUUCCGACGAGACCCGCGCCGAAGCUUCCUGUAGCCACCGACCCGCCGGCAUACUCCAUGACCCAUACGACCGAUCUCAUUCAGAACUACAUCCAGGGAGAGAUCGUGGCUCCUACAGCAAAGUUUGAAGCUCUCCAAACUGAAGACGGCCACUCCUUGCUCUUCGCGCUAAGCACGGACAACGUCUUCAAUGUAAUCAUGGAGCAGAGCGGCACGACUAAGACUGGCUGGGUCCGCAUGCCUCUCUCGUCUGGUUUCACGUCAGUACGCACUUUUGACGUGGGACAGAGCGUCAUGGACGGCACCAUUGGGAUGGCUUUGGUGGUAUCUGAGGGGAAUUCGGACAAGCUCUUCCUCUCCCUCUCCAACUCCAGCUCCGACACAUCCUGGACGGCGAAACCUCAGUGGUCUGCCAUUGACUUUGACGCAGAGGGCGGCAUAGGCUCAGGGUCUGUAAUCAAUAUUGUCCGCGUCAUGUUUGCUGAGCCUCAGGGUAGCCGACAGCACAUCAUUGUCGACAUUGAACGUUCGUCAAAUAAGGCUUCCAAGGACAUUGUCCGCUAUUACGUUGAUCCUCAAAAGGCAUCCGGUAGAUACUGGACCUCGCAUAGUCUCCCGGUAGACAUUCAGCAUGGCGAAUAUCAGAGCUGCAUGGGUAGGGUCGCCUGUGGGUUUGUUGACGGAGUGUACACCCUCGGCACCGCCGGCAACUCUGCUCAGCUUGUCUACGUGCCCAUCGAGAACGCCUUCGGCGACGGUCCUCCGUUACCAUGCCGCCUCAGCCUGCCGCAGAACGCGCAGGCAUCUGCCAUCGCCGCCGCUCGCAGGCCCGGUUCCUUUGCAUCUCCAGACGGAACGACGGACUUGUUCGCCGUCAACAACUCGACUCUCUUCUAUUUCCCAGCUGAACGCCAGACUGACGGGUCAGUGGCCAUACAGUUGCUCGAUAGCAACGUACUUUCGGGCACCAGCGAGUUAGCAGCCAUGACGCACAGAGGUGUGACGACGAUCUGGGGCAAGAAUGCCAGCAACGAGGUGUACUACCUCUCCUGCCCAUCCAGCCAGCUCGACAACCACGGGGCCUGGAGUGUCCCUGUGCCAAUUGUGUUCGGCGUGGAGCAGAUGACGCCCUAUCUCAACCGUAGCGACGGCGGCAAUGCAAUCUUCACAUCAAGUUCCGGCAAGCUUGAGAGAUUGACGCAGGCCACCGGCACAGACGCAAAAUUGUGGGUUACAGAUGAGAUCAAGCUCGAGGCCAGUGAGCCUAAGGCCAAGCCGCUCCAAUUCAAGUCAUACACGACAACGAUUCAAGUCCUCGAUAAACACGAACUUCCAGCUCCUGGCGUCAAUCUGGCGAUUUCUACCAGUUCUCGCACGCCCGUGUACAUGAACGGGAUUUACUACGUCCUUAGGCCGGUACCUGUCACGGUGGCUACGGAUGCGACCGGAAGCUUGACAGUCGUUGAGGCCCUGCAAGACAGCAUCAACGGCACUCUCAUGACGGUGGGUUGCAACGAUGGAGAGGCCGAGAUUACCAUCAAUCCUAUGGAGAAGUCCUUCCAGACUGUAGCAGCGCUCAGUAGCGAAGGAGCCCUCCGGGACGCCAAAGUACCAACCAACACGGUCUCUGGCGGCAUCAAGGGCACGCCUACGUGGACCGCUCUCGUAGAGGAAACUGUGUCAUCGAAUGAUGUGGCCAACGUGGCGAACAGCCUCAGUAAACUCGGCACAACUUAUGGACUCGUCAAGCCCACAGUCGCCCCAAAAUCUUGUAUGAGCGUGAUUCCACACACGCUAUACACGUCCUCGUCUUCGGUUGACAGUCUAGCUCAUGACGCCGCCAUUGCGGCUGGCGACAUUUUCCGCUGGCUCAAAUCCGACGUGGAACAUGUCGUCGACAUCAUCAAGGACGACGCAACUGAAGCAUGGCACUUCGUAGCCACCAUCUCUGGCAAAGUCUACCGUGCCGCAUUGACCUCGGUCGAAGCUAUUGUCGGCGCGGCGGAGUGGAUAUUCAACGCCAUCAAGACGGGCAUCAAGAAACUCAUGUCCUUUGUCGAGUUUCUCUAUGAUUGGGAUGAUAUCGAGCGGACCAAGGACGUCCUCUGCAACAUGACGAAGCAGUGGUUGAGCAGCCAGGUUGACUAUCUUCGGACUGCAAAGACGGAGUUUGAUGCGCAAAUUACACACGCGGAGAAGAGUAUCGAGAAGUGGGCUGGCAUGAAGGACUGGGGUUCUUCACUCGGAAGCAAGGCCUCACAGCCCGCGGCGGCGAGUGCCACGAAUCCCACCAAGGGCCAUACUUCGGGUUCUCAGGCCAUGAUGACCCAUUUUAAGAACCACGGCGCCAAUAUGACAGUUGUAGGGGCGCCGCCAGCGAAGAAAGAAGUAGCAUCAGGCAUUAUCAACGACCUCUUAGAUGCGCUGGACAAGGAGGAAGCAAACAUAUCAGCGGUUGUCUCUCAGCUCAGGGACCUGGCCAAGCGCUUCUCCUCCAUGACCGUCGAAGAGAUCCUGAAAGAUCUACUCGGGAUCAUCGCAAUGGGUGUGCUUUCCAGUGUCAAGGUGGUCGCAGAUGCCUUGCUCGACGUCUUGAUCGAUCUUGCUGGCGACGCGUUUGCCCUUUUAGAUGUCAAGAUUCACAUCCCCGUCAUCUCAGAUCUUCUCAACGAUAUCGGCAUACCGGACAUAUCAUACCUUGAUCUAAUAUGCUGGAUCCCCGCCAUGUCCUUCACGGUGAUCUGCAAGCUGGCUACCCAGAAGGCCCCCUUCACCGCCGACGAUAGCAAGGCCUCUGUGACUUCCGUCUCCUCCUCUGACUCUGUGAGCGUAGUCAGCACGGAGCCAACGACCCCUGGAUCCGCCAAGCCAGUGACUGCGCUCGAUGAGAAGAUGUACUCUCUGGGCCAUUUCACCGCCGGCACCAUGAGCUUUGUAACCGCAUACAUCAGCCCUCUCGAGGCCGCACUCCCAGCAGGGAACCGAUUCAGCAAUAUACUGACCGGAACGGCAGUCGUCAGCGCCGGCGCCUUGUACAUGGCCGAUUCUUUUGCUCCCAAAGACCCCAUCAAAAGCGAAUUCUGGGACUUCUGGUCGAAAACCAUCACCAUCAUGACCUUGAGUAAUAUAGCAGUCUUUAGUGAUAUCGCUCAGGAUCACCUCUUCCCGACAGGCCACUGUCUACAUGUCGCAGAUUCUCGCCGUCUAGCGGCCAACAUCGAUAGCAUACUCGUUAUUCCAGCCUUUCUGAUCACUCUGGAGCAUUUCAGCGAGCUCGUCGUAGCUGAAUGGAGUGUGGACCAGGUGGCAGCCUUCGUGGGUGAGCUGUCCAACUUGGCGUCCUACGUCGCACGAACGAAUUAUUCUGUCGUGAUCAACUUGGGAGGCACAGGAGCUGCAGCGGACGCGGCUUUAGCCAUGACAUACGGGAACCUUGCCCAAGCCGGGCUCGAGAUGUUGCAAUGUGACAUGGGCAAUGCCCAGGCUAACGAAAUUCGCGAGAGACAGCGUGGAUUUCUGCCUUGA